AUGGACAGCCCGCGACUCGUCACCGGAUCUCCGCCUAUCGCGAUUGCCGCGCUUGUUCUGCUGACAGCAUUGCUGCUCGCAGUGCCGCGAUCGGCGGCGGACGGCGCGGAGAACUCGGACGUGCUGGAGCUCACGCCGGCGAACUUCUACGACCACGUGGGAGGCGACUCGGUCACAUUCGUGAAGUUCUACGCUCCCUGGUGCGGGCACUGCCAGCGCCUGGCGCCGGAUUGGGAGAAGGUGGCGACGGCAUUCAAAGACUCCGACGCCAUCCGCAUCGCCAAGGUGGACUGCCAGGCGCACGCGGAGCUGUGCACCAAUCACGAGGUCCGCGGAUACCCCACGCUCAAGUGGUUCCCCGCUGCUGGCCAGGGGGGAGCGGAAGACUAUGGAGGGGACAGGAAGGCCAAUGUUUUCGUGGAUUUUAUCAACAGUCGACUCUGCACCAAGGGCAGGGUGGAGACGGAGCAGGAGUCGCGGGUGAUGGAGCUCACCACGUGGGCGUUCCCCUCGGUCAUGCUGGACGACACGAAGCACCUCUUCACCUACUACUAUGAUGCUGCGUGUAAGCCUUGCAAGGAGAUGACCAAGGGCGAGGAGAGCAUUGUGUUCGCCAAGGUGGAUGCCGACAACAAUGGCAUGCUCGCGCACAGGUGGGGCGUGAUGACGUGGCAGGUGUGGCACACUGUGUUCCCCCUCCCACUGUGUUCCCCCUCCCACUGCGUUCCCCCUCCCCAUGCGUUCCCCUGCCACACUUCCCACCCUUCCCCUCUGCUUUCCUGCCCCACUGCCCCCCUGCCCUCCGACCCCUGCCGCGUUCCUCCCCCCAGGUUCAAGAUCACAGAACAUCCAUUCUUCAAGUUCUUCACGAGGACCAACAAGUACGGGGAGGACCUCAAAGGGGAUCCGCUUCACCUCCCCCCAUGCCCUCCCUACCUGCCCGCCUGCCCGCCUGUCCCUCUCCUCCCUGUGCUCCUCCCCCUCUUCCCCCCCUCCAGGUUCAAGAUCACAGAGUAUCCGUUUUUCAAGUUCUUCACCAAGACAAACAAGUACGGCGAGGACCUCAAGGGCGACCCGCUGCCCACGCUCACGGAUCUCGUGCACUUCGUCAACCAGUGGACCGGCACCACACAGUCCGCCUCUGGGGUGCCUCUGGAUAAGGUGGGCCGCAUUGCUGAGCUGGACGCGAUGGCGGGAAGCUUCGUGGAAGCGCCGGAGGCGGAGAAGCAGGGGUUGAUGGAGCGGGCGAUGGGAGUGGUGGUGGCGCCCGAGCUGGAGGAGCACGGGGUGUUUUAUCAGAAGGUGAUGAAGAAUAUUGUGGAGCAGGGCGAAGAGUAUGUGAGCAAGGAGCAUGCUCGCCUGUCCAAGCUGCUUGCAGGGGUGAGUUGCGAAGUGUCCACCUUUUCAAGCAUCAUCCAUCCCCACCAUUCCGACCCAACCCGUCACUCCAUUCUCUGGCAGUCCCUCAAGCCUGACAAGGUGGAGAAGCUGUCGGCUCGCCGAAACAUUCUGGAAGCCUUCAGCAAGCCAUGA